ACCAUAUAUUUCUGCAACAUUUUAUUCAUAUUAAAUAUUUGGACCACGAGGACCAAACAAAGGCCAACACAUGUCCAUCUUGAAUAUGCAAACCAAUGUUACCCAUCUGCAAAUCAAUACACACAAUCCCCUACCUAACCCCAUUAACCAAACCAUAGUUUAUAAAAUAUAUACUAAUACAGACAAACCAAAAUAAAACUCAUCAAGAGCAAAAAUGGGAGGUUCUAGGAUCAUGAUCAAUCAUCUGUUCCUCACAACCAUAUUCAUCCUCAUCUCCAUAGCCACCAUAUGCCGAUCGGAUGAUGCUGAUUGCGUGUACACCGCUUACAUACGAACCGGUUCAAUCUGGAAAGGCGGGACGGACUCCAAAAUAACGCUCACGUUGUACGAUGCAGACGGCUAUGGCAUACGGAUCAACGACAUCGAGGCAUGGGGUGGCUUGAUGGGUCCGGACUACGACUACUUCGAGAGAAAGAAUUUGGAUAUAUUUAGUGGCCGAGGACCGUGUUUGACCGGCCCACCGUGCGAGAUGAACUUGACCUCGGAUGGAACUGGGUCGGGCCACGGGUGGUAUUGUAACUAUGUGGAGGUGACCACUACUGGAGUUCAUAUGCCAUGUGCACAACAGGAGUUUGAGGUGGAGCAGUGGUUGGCCACCGAUACGUCACCGUAUGAACUCACGGCUAUUAGAAACUAUUGUGAUGAGUAUUCUUCAACCCGUCGGCAUGUGAUUCUUGAGUCCAAUACUUCUUCAACUUCAGUUCGUGUGGCAAAAUGAUUGGGCUUGCUUGGUACAUGAUCACAAUUAUUAUGUGUGGAAAUGUGUUGAGUUGUAAUGUUGUAUACCACUAGUUUAUUUAUUAGCAAUAAAUAAAAAUAAGAGAAAUAUUAAAUAAAAGAUAUUUUUAUUUAAUCUUCAUUGAGAGGA